AUGCAGACCCUUCAUGAGGCCUCUCACACAUGCCCUCAAUGUUGUUGUUGCAACUGCACAACCCCAUUUUUCAACUCACCAACACCACACACCAAAACACCACCAAAGCACAGAAACAGUUCUGCUGAGUGGAGACACAGCUUUGCAAUCACAACAUCAUCAUCUAUAUUCCCAAACACUCAAUUCACCAACCAUGAGUCUCUUCCAUCACUCCAUGAAUCAUUCAAUGAGUUCACCAAAGUGUACCCUCAGUAUUAUGAGACUGAACAAGUGGACCAUGUUAGAGCCAAAGACUAUUCCCACCUCUCACUUUCAAACCAAACUUGCCUUGAUUACAUUGGCAUUGGCCUCUUCUCCUACUCCCAACUUCAACACCAUGACACAUCUAAAAACCAACUAGCCUCAUCUUCAUUUCCUCAAGCACCACCUAAUUACUCAGACUUUCCCUUCUUUAGCAUAUCCUGCAAGACUGGGAGCCUAAAGACUUUGUUGCUUCAUGGGGGGCAAGACUCAGAAUAUGAGGCUGCAAUGAGGAAGAGAAUCAUGUGUUUCCUUAACAUAUCUGAAAAUGAUUACUUCAUGGUUUUCACAGCCAACAGAACCUCAGCUUUCAAGCUUGUGGCUGACUCAUACCAGUUCCAAACCAGUAGGAGGCUUUUGACAGUUUAUGACUAUGAAAGCGAGGCGGUGGCAGCGAUGAUUGAUUCCUCGGAGAAGAGAGGAGCAAGAACCAUGUCAGCUGAGUUCUCAUGGCCAAGGUUGAGGCUUCAGACAGCAAAGUUGAGGAAGAUGAUUGAGAGCAAGAGAAAGAAGAAAAAGAGAAAAGGACUUUUUGUUUUGCCACUUAGUUCAAGAGUAACAGGAGCAAGAUAUCCUUAUCUGUGGAUGAGAAUAGCACAGGAGAAUGGAUGGCAUGUGUUGGUUGAUGCAUGUGCAUUGGGGCCUAAAGACAUGGACUGUUUUGGCCUUUCUCUCUUUCAACCAGAUUUUCUCAUUUGCUCUUUCUAUAAGGUAUUUGGGGAAAACCCUUCUGGAUUUGGAUGCCUUUUCAUCAAGAAAUCUGCCAUUUCCACCUUGGAAUCUUCCCCUUCUGCAGGAAUUGUCAACCUUGUACCAGAAAAGCAGCCUCGUCAUCAAGUAUCAGAUGAUUCUUCUGGCACUGACAAAGAACUUAAACACAAACCAAUACCAACAAGCCUACAUGAAGAGAAACCAUUUCCCUUGCCAUCUUUCUCAGGUCCAAUACAAACCAAACAAUCUGAAACAGUUGAACAAAGAGAACCACACCCAAAAGCUCCUCCGGGUUCUGAGAUUGAGGAGGUACAAGAGCCAAUUAAGACCCUUGAGAAAAGUAAUGUCCAAGAAAGUGACAUUCAAUGUAGUUGCUUAGACCAAGUGGAUUCUCUAGGAUUGAUUCUCAUCACUAACCGGUCAAGGUACCUGAUAAACUGGCUGGUGAACUCAAUGUUGAAGCUUAAGCAUCCCAACACACAAGGGGUUCCUUUGGUAAAGAUUUAUGGUCCAAGGGUGAAGUUUGAUAGAGGGCCUGCUUUGGCAUUCAACAUAUUUGAUUGGAAAGGUGAAAGGGUCGAACCUGUUCUUGUUCAGAAACUUGCUGAUAGAAGCAACAUCUCUAUCAGCUAUUCAUUCCUGCAUCAUAUUUGGUUUGCAGAUAAGUAUGCAGAAGAGAAGGGGAGAAUCCUACAAACCAAAGGAGUUGUGGCAACCAACAAGAAGAAAGACACUGUUGGAAUCACUGUGGUUACUGCUGCAUUAGGCUUCCUGGCUAAUUUUCAAGAUGUCUAUAAGCUUUGGGCCUUUGUUGCUAGAUUCCUUGAUGCUGACUUUGUGGAGAAAGAGAGGUGGAGAUAUAUUGCCAUCAAUCAGAAAACAGUUGAAGUUUAGUUGAUUCCAUCAAUGGGUCUUAGAAGAAUCUACAAAGUGUGUAUUCUGCUGAAAUUUUCAUGUAUAUGGAAAUUUGACUCUCCAAGGAGAAAAGGAUUACUUAAUACUUACGCUAUUCAUUCAUUUGUAUGAUACUCUGAUUGAUUCAGAAACUAUGGAUAAUUCAUUAUGUUAAA